AUGGUUGGCAAACCCAAACAGCGUGCGCAGCCAAACCUGCACCGUGCCCAGCGGGCUGUGCUGCAUCUGAUUGGGGAGGGCAAGCGAGCAAAGGGUGGUGAUCGGGAUGACGAGGCUCCCACGGCUUCUGCUGCUGCUGCAACUGCAGUGGCUGGGGCCUCUGACAAAGCAAGGAGAAAGAAGAAAAACAACCCAAGAACCGGCUCAAGCAGCGCGCUGGCUGGCAUUCGGUCUCGGAAGGAACAACGCAAACAGAAGCGUCUCUUGCUGAAACAGCGACACGCGGUCAAGCCGAAGCAGGACGGAGUGAAGCAAGACAGCAGCACCAGCAAGAAGAAAAAGAAGAAGAACAAGAAAAAGAAAAAGAAGACCCAGCAACAGCACGACAGCGAGGGUGGAGCUGACAAGCGAACGACACGACACAGCGAUGCCGACCUUGGCGACGACAACCCCGCAAAGCGAGCAAAAAUGAAUCCGCAUCGAGAGGCCCUUCUUGAGCGAUUGCAAGCUGCUGGUCUCAUUGGUUCCAACCCAGAAGAUGAGAAUGAUGAGGACGACAAGACAAUUCGCGAGAUGGAGAGGAGGCUCGGUGUCAAGAACAACAAAGCUGCGACUGCGUUUUCCAAGGAUGAUCCCCUGCGUGAUCUGUUCCAGUUUGCAGACAAACUCACGGACGAGGUUGGAGAUGGUGAUGGCGAUGAUGACGACGCGUUAUUGGACGACAACGGUGAUGAUGGUGAUGAUGAUGAUGGUGGUGUUGAUUUGGAUGAGCUGGAAGGGCUGGAAGGGCUGGAGGGUAUUGAUGAUGAGGACGUGGAGCUGUUGGACGAGGAAGAUGAUAGUGGUGAUCAUGGUGAUGGUGAUGGUAAUGAUGAUGAUGAUGAUGAUGAUGAUGCCAACAGCAGCGAUGGUGAAGGCACUGGCGUGUCAACAGUCGUCAAGACAGACAUCUACGGGCGACCGCUGGGCGAAGCAUCCAACAGCAGCAGCGGUGGUGGAGGUGGAGGGAAGUACAUUCCACCUGCACUGCGCCGCAAGAUGCUCGCCACCGACGAUGACGACAAAGGACAGCUUGGCAGACUCCUGCGGGGGCUCCUCAACAGGCUGAACGACUCCAACCUUGCGCCCCUGGUUGCGCAGAUUGCGGAUGUGUUUCGCUCCAACAGCAGAAAUCGCGCGUGCGGCGUCAUCGCUCGAUUUGUCAUUGACGCCUGCGUUCGCCAGGACCGGACGUUGGCGCAUCUCCUGCGCGUGUACGCCGCGACCAUCGCUGCCCUCCACUCCAUCAUCGGCAUGGAGGUGACGGCCAUGUUUCUGCAGUCUGCAAUUGACAAGUUCAACGAGCUGUACAAGCAGCAGCAGAAGAAACUCAGCAACAUCGUCGAAGCACACCCAAGCACACCCGAGCCAUCACAUAACGUCAUCACAUCAUCACGACAACAACAACAACAACAACAACAACCACGACGUGCAGACUCGAAUGUGACUGCUGAAGAAAUUGAUGCGACACUGGACAAACGGGCCAUCAACAUUGCAUCGCUCAUUGCUCUCCUGUAUCACUUCAACGCCGUCGACGCGUCAUUCAUCUUCGACCUCCUCAACAUGUUCAUGGGCGAGGGCGGGAUGAGUGCGCUCGACAUUGAGCUGAUCCUGGAGGUGUUGCGGACGUGCGGUGCGAAGAUGCGACACGAGGAGUCGCUCCAUCUCCGCAACAUUCUCCACGACAUCAAGACGCGCGCCGCGGAGACCAUAGGCACCACCACAUCACGCGUAAAGUUUAUGCUGGAAGGGAUUCAGGACUUGCAGGCGAAGAAGUGGCUGAUCCUGAAGGACAACAGGGAACAGCUCAAACCACUCGUGCUGGCGCUGCGGAGUUGUCUGCGGGUGCAGAGGGCGACUGCUGCCGAUCCGCUCAAAGUUCCGCUGAAAGACGUGCUGGAGGCAGACACACGAGGCCGCUGGUGGCUCGUUGGUGCUGCAUGGCACGGCCGAAACGACAGCACAUCAUCAUCAACCAAGGGCAACAGUGGCCGCCAUGCUGGUGAUGAUGACGAUGAUGACGAUGACAUUGGUGCUGAUGGUGGUAUGGGUAAAGGCAGUCUGAUGGAGCUUGCUGCUGCACAGCGCAUGAACACAGACGAGAAAGCAUUCAACCCGUACUACGCUGUGCUGAUUCACCACCUGUGCCAGCACUCGUUUGCCCACAAACAUACCAUGAAGUUUUCGAUGUGGGACCGGUUCAAGCAAGUUGAAGGCAUGGACGCGACGACGGUGGACAACAUGCUGCGUCUGCUCGCAUUCGUCAUCGCAAAGGGAUCGCUCAACUUGAGUGUUCUGCGGGCUCUGCCCUUCACGACUCUUCCGCCACAUCUCGUGUCGAUGCUGCGAAAAUUCUUUGCCAUUCUUCUCACACAGUAUUCCGAAGGUGCGGUGAAGAAAGUGUUUGAGGCGCUGAGCGGGAACGCCAACGCCGCCAUCGUCAAGGACAGCAUCGUCGUCUUCUUCGACCACUACAUGACCAGAGACCAGCUCGAAGGCGUCACCGAUGACCCCGCACUGCUCUCCCAGCGGCUGAAACUUGCCAAGCAGAGUUGUAUUCGUGACGAGUAAACGCACAAAGUAGCA